CAGCUUUUGGUGCAAUAAUAACAACCUCUAAAUUAGUGUAGAGUUGGUGUGGUCCGCUCUCCCGCCACAUUUGGCCAGCACUUGGCGAAUCUACGUGAAGAGCUAUGGCGUUGGAGACUGCGGACAAGGACGCAUCGCCCACUGCGGCGUCAGCAGCAAACGACGAAAUCGUCGGUGCGAGCGAAAACUCGAGUCAGAACACUGAGGAAUCGACGAAGAACUCCCCAAACACCGAGGACAAUGAGAUCCAGGAGACUAAGCAGGAGGAGCAGUCUGCAGUUGCCAAGAAGCAAGAUGACGUUGAGAUGGACAAGGAUGAUGAGAAGAAGGACGGAAAUCUCUCUGAGAAAAAGGAAGAAGACGUGGAGAUGGAGAUGGAGAAGGCAAAGGACGAGUCGGAGGAGAAGAAUGAACCAGUUCCUAAGGACGUGGAGCCAGGUGUAGUGAAUACGGACGAUAACGAGACGAAGACGGAAGAAGAAGAAUCUACUAGUGAUAGUGUGGAGAAUGUUGCAGCAGAUGAGAAGGCUUCGGGGAGUAGCGAUGUGGAGAUGAAGGAGGCAACUCAGGAAGCCAAGAGUGAGCAUAACGAUGAGACUGCCUCUCCUACCAAGAAACAGACACCUGCUAAAGCUAACAACUCAUCGAAGGUAGAAGACUCUGAGGUGAAGGACUCUACAUGUAGUGAAUCAUCUAGUCCGAAACUCAAGGAAGCAGUACAGAAAUCUACUUCUAAGACUAGCAAUGGAGUGAAUGGAUCAGCGGAACCUGCUGCUAAAAAGCAGAAAAUGGAUCCCAAAACUCCUGAAAAGAUGACUGAUGCCGCAUCAACUAAAGAUGCCGGUUCACCGUCUUUGAUGCUCUCACGGGAUGAUAUGGCCAAGAUGGAGGAGGACAGCGGUCGGUUGAAGUUUGACGUGAUCACAAAUGAUGGUACGGACGAGCACAUGAUCCAGCUCACGACUCUGAAGAAUAUUUUUGCGAAACAGCUCCCAAAGAUGCCGAAGGAGUACAUUGUACGUCUGGUGUUCGAUAAGAACCACCGGUCCAUGCUCCUUCUCAAGAAUGGUACCCAUGUUAUUGGUGGUAUUUGCUACAGGCCGUUCGAGAAGAACCAAUUCGCAGAGAUUGCGUUCUGUGCCAUUAAUGCCUCGGACCAAGUGAAAGGAUACGGCACACGGCUGAUGAAUCACUUGAAGGAAUAUGUCAAGACCAAGAACAUCACACACUUCCUCACGUACGCCGACAACUACGCUAUUGGCUACUUCAAGAAGCAAGGAUUCACGAAGAGUGUCUCGAUGGCUCGGCCGAAUUGGUAUGGCUACAUCAAAGACUACGAUGGUGGAACUUUGAUGGAAUGCACAAUCCACACCCAGAUCAACUAUUUAAGGAUCACGUCAAUGAUUCACCAGCAGCGGAAGGCAAUCCAAGACAAGAUCCAGGACAGGUCUCGUGCCAAGACGGUGUAUCCUGGUCUGACAGCGUUUGCGGAGGGCAGGUUGAUGGACAUUUACAUGGUUCCUGGAGUCAAGGAGGCUGGGUGGUCGCAGGCAACGAUCCGCAAUAACCGCAUCGGGUGCGUAGACAUCGGCAUUUACAUUAGCGUCAAGAUACAUUAUUACUAAGGUUGUCAAUUUUGCUUAUGAAGAACUCGCGAUCAAGGCAGCCUGAAGUCGCAGCUCUCGCAGUUGCUUAAGGCGGUGUCUAACCAUCGGAGUGCGUGGCCUUUCCACGAGCCUGUGGACACCAGCGUCGUGGUUGACUACCUUGACUUCAUCAAGGAUCCAGUGGACCUCCAGCUCAUCAGCAAGCGCAUCGACAGCGGAGUCUAUAUCUCCAAGGCUGCGCUCAAAGCAGAUCUGCUUAAGAUGUGCGACAACUGCACGCUCUACAAUACGCCGGACACCAACUACUACAAGGCCGCUGUCGACCUCAAGGAGUUCAUCCAGUCUCGAAUUCAGAUCAGAGAUCACAAGUAGACCCCUGUAGUCUUGUACAGCUCUCUUCUCUGCAUUGCUUUGUUCACAAUCCAAGCUAAAAGGAUCGGCUAUACUUCUUGAUCUCGUACAGGAUCUCCUGCGUCGUAACAAUUUCCGAGUUGAACGGAGGAGGGCGCUGGUAGCUCCGCUUGACAAUCUCCACAAAGCGCGUGUAGUACAGCAGCAACUGCGUAAGCACCUGCUUAAGAAUCUCCAUGCCGUUGCGGAAGUUCGAGAAGUACGUCAUCACAUUGCCGUUCAUCUUCUCAAUGCCAGCCUUCCACGUCGCUGCAAACUCUCGCACGAUCUUCUCUAUCUGCGUAGUGUCAACUUGCUGGCUACUUCCCGUCGAUUUGCCGAGUGUAACUUGCUCGUGCUGUCGAACAAACUGGAUGAGCUUGGCGUAAUACGUCAUCAGCUCUUCUUCCACGAAUUUCUCGCGCUGGGCAGCAAGCAGUUCCUCAAACUUGGACGUCUCCUCUGAAAUCACACGUCUCUCCUCGAAGUGUGUGAGCACGAGGUCGUAGUUGUUGAUGAGGAACACGCACUUAUCCUUCGCGUUGGUGUGCUGCUCGGACAACCGACUCAGUAGGCUCAGGAUCUCGUCACGCAUCACACUCAAGUUGCUGAGAACCAUGUCUCCUGCCCCGUUCUCAUGCAUCUGUGCGUUAGAGAUCGCAGAGUCGUCGCCAGAUCUCGACUGACUUUGCUGCGUGUACAGACUCAAGCUGAGGAUGGAGGAGGCGAACUCAGCAUAGCGACGAAUGACAAAGUGAGGGUGCAGGUCGAUCGGCCCCAGUUUCUUGGCCUUUGCGUUCUUCACACUCAUCAAAUUAAGGUCAAACACAGCCUUGAAUCGCGGCCACAACAGCAGCGCCACACGAUCAAAGUACGCGUCCAAACACGGGAUGCGACGCUUCUCCAUCACCAGUCUCUGGGCGUACGUGAGGCGUAUCAUAAGCAGGAGUCCGAUGGCAUCGUAACACGUAAACAAGUAGUUCUCCAUGUUCUCCAGACACAGCGACAGCGUCUUGGCAAAUACGCGCAUGAACAAGUCACGACUGCGGAACACAUUCUCCUGUUGAUUGGUGGGCUUGAAGAACUCGAUCAGGAACAGAUAUUCCGAAGUGGCUGAGUCCAUCAGAUGCUGUUGCACGUUACGAAAGACAGCCUCGUACGGUAGUUUCAACCCUUCUUGCUGAGCAACAUGCAGGAUCAAAGGUGGCGCCGACGCUGUCUCCAAGAUCUUCUCACGCUCAGUGACUGAGAAUGUGUCGUUCCUUUUGCUCAAAUUCACUCGGUAGCUGAAAAUCCCCUUCAGUGACUGCUCAUCCAACACAAUAACAUCCGUCCGAGCUGCUACUUCUUCAUGGAAUUUCAUCAAUCCUGUAUGGUAUGACUUGAAUACAUUCACCAACGUCUUGCUCAUCGCUUCGGCGUACA